UAUUCUCCCUAACAAGUUAGCAACCCACAAGUUGUCCACCAAACCCAUCUUCCUCUCCCUAAUGUUGUUGAGUUUUAUAACUAACAAUUACUCCGUAUACUACUACAUAACAAUUAACAACUAACCACUCACCACUUUAUAAAUUAUAACCACAACAUUCUCCCAUUAAUCACAAAAUAAUUCUCUAAAAACAAAAUAAAAAUGGUGAACCUCGUGGAAGCUCAAAAGCCCCUCCUCCACGGCCUUAUGAAAAUGGCCGGAAUCCGCCCAACAACGGUGGAGCUUGAACCCGCGGGUACGUCCAUGUCUUUCUGGGUACCCGCAGAAUCACUCCCAAAACCCAACAAAAAACCCAGUAAGAAGCCCGAAAGGCCCAAACCCGUGGUAGUCCUAAUCCAUGGGUUCGCCGCCGAGGGGCUAGUGACGUGGCAAUUCCAAGUAGGAGCACUCACUAAAAAAUACUCAGUCUACGUGCCGGACCUCCUCUUUUUCGGGAAAUCCUGCACCGGUGCCACCGACAGGUCUCCGACGUUUCAGGCGGAGUGUUUGGCGGCGGCGCUGUCGAAGCUGGGUAUCACCAGGUGUACACUGGUGGGGUUCAGUUAUGGCGGGAUGGUGGCGUUUAAGCUGGCGGAGAUGCGGCCGGACUUGGUGGAGGCGGUGGUGGUUUCGGGGUCGAUAUUGGCAAUGACGGAGUCGAUCAGUGUGGCGGAGUUGAAUAGGAUGGGGUUUAAGUCUUCGUCGGAGUUGUUGUUGCCGACGUCGGUAAAAGGUUUGAAGAGUUUGCUUAAGAUUGCUACUCAUAAGAAGUUGUGGUUUCCUGAUUGCUUGCACAAAGAUUACCUUGAGGUGAUGUUUACCAAUAGAAAGGAGAGAAGUGAACUCCUUGAAGGUUUAGUCAUUGCCAACCAAAACCCUGAUAUUCCUAAUUUUCCACAGAAAAUCCAUCUGUUAUGGGGAGAAAGUGAUCAAAUUUUCACGAUUGACAUUGCGCAGCAAAUGAAAGAGAAACUAGGAGAAAAGGCUUCAUAUGAAGGCAUAAAGAAAGCAGGUCAUCUGGUUCACCUCGAAAGGCCCUGCGCUUACAACAGAUGUCUGAAACGCUUCUUGGCUUCCGUAUACCCUGAUGUACCUGAUCAAAAGUAAUCAUUUUCUUCGUCCAAAUUUACCUGUCGUCAAAUUACACUUUCAACGUGACAAGUAAUUACAAAAGGAGAUUCAAUUUGUAGAAAUAGAUGUGUGGUUAGAUUACAAGGAAUGGAAUUCCAUAUUUGAAUUGUUUUUCAGAAUCUGAAUAAAUUAUGUGUAUUGUUUGUUCAACAACAGUUGAGAAAUGAAUGAAAUGAAAUGAACAAGUAA